AGUGAUUUACUGGCUAGCGCAACCUGUACAGGCCCUGCCUCGGCAUUGGCGAGUUCGGCCCAAUUCCGCGUUCCCUAGCCAACACUGUCCAGAAACUGGUCGUUGUUCGCUGAUGAAAACUUAUUACCGGUGUUUACCAUUAUUUAUCAGUACUCCAACUUAUAAUUUUUAAAGUUUACUCCAGACGUCCACUGUGAUAUUUGUGAGUUGAUUUUCGUAAUCUUCGUAAUGGGAAUGUAGAAUACCAUAGUAAAUAUGUUUUGAAGGUAACAUAACCUAAAAAUUUCUAUCCUAUCAUUUUUAUGUUUUAUUGUCUAUCUAUUUCAGCAUAAUGAAUAACAUAAUUGAAAAACGACGACGAACACGCGACCGUGUGCGAAGGCAUCGUUUCGUUCAUCAAAACACUAUUGUGCCACAGAACCAUCCGCUAAAUGAUGACAGUGACUCUGACAUCAACUCCGAAACUGAAUGUGUCAGUGAUCAAGAAAAUAGUAAUAGGUCUGAAGAAGAUGUAUCCGAGGGUGGUAUUUCUGAACAAUUACUUGAACAUAGCCAAAGUGAGAUCGACGAAGAGAAUGGUGACUCAGGUGACGGUUCUCAGAUAGACCACGAAGAAAGUGUAUCAUCAGCCAGUGUCAUUGAUGAAAACAGUGAUAUCGGCUCAUCUAUAAAUGAAGCGACUGACGAUAGUUUGAAUGAACGAAAUGAAGCUGAGGAAAUUCGAAAAUGGGCAAUAAAAGAACACCUUAGUCAUUCUCAAUUGGAUGGGCUUUUGGUGAUUUUGAGGAGAAGAUUGCUGCCUGAACUUCCAAAGACAGCAAAAACAUUUCUACGUACAUCGGCAGUGGCCUAUGAUAUACAAGACAUGGAAGAUUAUGAUGGAAAUAUGGGACAAUUCGUGUACUUUGGUAUUGCUGAAAGGCUUCGAGCCUGUGUCAAUGAAGAAGUGCACUGUAACGAAUCGGUCUUCACCGAUUAUACUGCGUGGUCGUUCGUCGAUCAGAUAUUUGGAUUUGUUCUUUAG